GCCGACAGCACGUGUUUACACCCCCUCUCGCGCUCUGUAUCGUUUUGCUCCCCGCGUGCGCGACGCAGACGCACGCAAGCGGCUCCGAGAACAUGGCGGCCGACGGACGUUGUGCUGCUCCUUCAGCGCCGACGCUGCCGUGCUCCUUUUCGCCGAGAUCGCGGCGCUACCUCGCCGUGUGCGCACAGGACGGACGCCUGCGGGUCUGGGACGCCGACUCGCGCGCGCUUCACCGGGAAUACGUGCCUUCCGCGCACCUCAGCGCCACUUGUACUUGCAUCGCCUGGGGACCGUUCAGAGCGACCAAGGAGGGCCCUCAGAGGAAGAAGAGGAAGUCCGAGGCGGGUCAGACCUCCACUCAGCAGUCUGAUCUGUUGGCUCUGGGUACAGCAGCGGGCACCGUCCUCAUCUACAGCACAGUGAAGGGAGAUCUGCACUGCACUCUGGAUGGAGGACACAGUGGGAGUGUGAACAGUGUCCAGUGGCACCCUGAAGACUCAGUCCUGUACAGCGGUUCAGACGACACACACAUCGUAGAGUGGGACCUGAAGACGGGUAAAACACGCUGUAAAUGGAAAGCAGACAGAGCGGCUGUGACGAGUCUGUGUGUGAGUCCUGAUGGGAAACUCCUGCUGUCUGCUGGGAUGACCAUCAAAAUGUGGGACCUGGAGACCAAGGAAGUGUACAGGAGGUUCACAGGUCACCCGACCACCGUAACGACCCUGUGCUUCGCCACGACCCGACCUCCGGACAGCGACGGCCUGUACUUCCUGUCUGGAGCGGCUCACGACAGACUGCUGAGCGUGUGGCAGGUCCGUGCCGACGGCAAAGACAAACACUCGGUGGUGUCGUUCACGCUGACGGACGAACCCCAACACGUCGACCUGCAAACAUCUAACAGUAAAGACGAGCCAGUGCGGUUAGCGGUGGUGAGUAAGGACGGGCAGCUGCACCUCUUCGAGCACUUUCUCAACGGGCCGUGUAAGAAGCCGCUGUCCCCGGUGUGUUCGGUGCAGGUGUCGAGCGGCGGCUCCGGCGAAGGCGACACCCCGAUGCCCGUCUCGCUGCUGGCUGCGGCUCUGUGCUCAGACAGACAGAGCAUCAUGCUGGCGUACGGCAGCCACCUACAACCCGUCAUCGAGAAAACGUCCAUCAACAUGUCAGAGAGACACGUGUGUCUGAUCCGAGACGUUCAAACGACGCUGUCGAUUUCCGUCGACGCCGCGGUCACGAAGGUGAAGACGCCGAUCGUGAACGAACAGAAGAGUAAAGUUUUAAUACCAGGACUUCCCGGGCAUCAGCCGCCGAUCAGAGCGACUCCCAGCCAAUCAGAGAAGAGGAAGAAAGGAGCCGUUCCUACGGAGAUGACGAUAGAGGAGCGCUUGGAGCAGAUCGAGCUGAGCACGUCGUCCGGCGGUAAAGGAGCGAAUAAAGGAGCUGCGGCUUCGCUCCAGACCGACAGCUUCGCCGUUCUGCUCGUUCAGGGCCUCGAGAGCAAAGACGAGAAGAUCCUCAACAAAAUCUUUCAGACGAAGAAGGAGGCCUUGAUUAAGAACACGGUGGCGCGGUUGCCUCCUCCUGCUGUCCUGCCUCUCGUGGAGGAACUGUCGAGGAGGCUGCAGGGACAUCCGUUUGCAGCGAUCCUCAUCGUGCAGUGGCUGAAGGCCGUGUUGACGCAGCACACGUCGUACUUGUCAUCGAUCCCUGACCUGGUGUCUCAGCUCGGCGCGCUCUACCACAUGAUCGAGAGCAGGGUGAAGUUGUACCAGCAGCUGACGAGACUCCACGGCAAACUCUACCUGCUCAUGACACAGGUGGCGACAAGUAACAGUUCCCAUAAAGUAGCAGACCUGGACCUGAAAGCCAAACUGGUGUAUGAGGAAGAAUCCUCAGACGAAGACUCUGGAGACGAGGGACGGCCCGAGGACGACUCGGACAGCUGGGAGGAGGAUGAGGAGCUGGACAAGGAGGAAGGGAUGGAUGUAACGGAGGACAAAGAAAACCACGCGGAUGAGGACGAUGACGACGAGAGCGACGAAGACGCGAAGGACGAGUCCAAAGCGAACGGCGAUUCGGACUUAGACCCCGAGAGCGAAGAGGAAUGAAAACGAACAACAGAGAAAAAAAAUUAGCUUGGAAGUUUAUAUAUUAUACAUUUGUUUUAUUUUUUUUUUUCCUCUUCAUUUUAUUGUUUAAAAAAAAAAAUCGCAAAGCCUGUUUUAUAGAGUUCCUGUCAUGGACUGAAAGCGGUCGAGUCCCUGGACGGCCACCAGGGCGGCGACGUCACAGGCUCAGGAGUGAACACGAAGCCAUUUUACUCCUUUAAACAGAGUACACAGACUGGCCCCAUUAUUCAUCCUUUACAUCUUUUUUUUUUUUUAUUAUUAUUCAUCUUUUUUUCCCUCUCAUUCUUAUGGUCCUGCAGUAGCAGUGUACCAGGCUGGUGUAUUAUUAUUUUCUUACACAAUUAUACAAAAUCUCUCCCCCACUUUAAGGUUACGUUUCUGAGUAUUAGGCCCCGUGUAUGAGGAAUUUACUUCUCACUUUCCUCACCCUCAUUUUCCCACAAUGCUGAAGUCCUGUUGAUUUCUAGUCUGUGAGCUUCUGCUGCUGAGUUAUGCCAAAAAUAUAUAAAUAUGAAUCAUGACGCGAGGACGCGGCGUGUCCAGUGCAUCACGUUUUCAGAAUAAAAUACACACCGGAUUUGGAAAAACCCAUCAUUUCGGUUAUCGUCCCUACUGUACAGGGAGUUUAUAUUGUUUUUCCUUUUGCUUGAUUUGUAGAUCAAGUCUAAUCAAGAACGGGACAAAACACACAGUUUACAGAUGGGAUUAAAUCUCAAUUGGGUUUAAGUGUAAACUUCCGUCUCAUAAACUCGACACUGUGACCUUCUGCCCCUCGCUGCAUUUUUUUAAAAGCGUGUAACUUCGCAGCACAAACCGACGACUGACCCGAACCACAGCUCCUUAAUCUUCUGUCCAUGUGUUAAACCUUUGCUUUCCUGAACCCGCACCUCAUCUCUUCACUUUUUAUUUCUGUGUCCUUUUCCCACACUUCUGUCCCUACGGUGUCGAUAAACGGCGUCUGCUUCGUCCGACGACGGUUCGAGGGAAGAGGGCCGUGCGAAUGUUGCUCGGUUUGGUUGAAUAAUAAACGUCGCGGCCCGUCGGAUGCUUCGGGGGGGGAUUUGUGAUCCGUAACCUUUUUCAAUGCAAGCAGUAAAUAUGGACGACUGUUGUACAGUUGAAAUGAAAUAAAUUCCUUUUUUGUUCACA